AUACACGAGCCUUCGCACCAUUUUCCAAUGAGGUCGUCGCUUAACCAAGGCCCAGCACCCCUGCUGCUGACGUUCUUCUCUACGAGCUUCCAAGCUUCUCUGGUGGCUGGAAAUGGCUCCCAAUUUAAAGAAAAAGAGUGCUCAUUCCCACUGCCAUUUCCAUCCCGCCUAGCUAUUGUAGGUCAAGUACUGUACUGUAGCUGCAUCGCAUCUGCAUGAAGCUGCAUCUGUAUCUGCAUAUUCAUCCACGUCUCUGAACAACAAUCCAUUCUUCUCUGACCGUGUCUCACCGGCACUUGUAGUCGGGCUGACAUUGACAUCUGAUAACAACCCUCUCUUCCCCUCCCGUCCCUUCCUCCCGCUACUGUUUGCUUCUGCAAGCCGCUCACCACGAGAGUGCGCUGUCAUAAGUCGGCAUCUACACCAGACCGACUUUUCUCAACGCCUUCUCCUUUUCUUCUCUUCCUCUGUACAAUAUUUUACCCAGCGUCAUGUUUUCGAAAUCCUUCUUCACAAUUGCUGCCGCGGUGCUGUCAUGGCACCCGGUAAAUGCUCAAACUUAUUCCGCAUGCAAUCCCCUCUUUUCCAGUAAGUCUUUAUGUUCAAUCCCUCCUACCCUUCAAUGCUAACAAAAAUCAGCAAGCUGCCCCCCAAAUACGGCCUUGGGAAAAUCAAUCAACGUCGACUUUACCAAAGGUUCCGUCAACUCCUUCACAGCAUUAGGAAACCCCACCUACGAUUCGACCGGGGCGCAUUUUACGGUGGCAAAAGCCGGUGAUUCUCCUCAACUUGCGAGUGUGUUCUACAUUAUGUUUGGAAAGGUUACAGUCACCAUGAAAGCAGCACCAGGUGCCGGAAUCGUGAGCUCGUUGGUUUUACAGUCGGAUACACUAGACGAGAUUGAUAUGGAGUGGCUGGGAGCGGAUGAUUCCGAAGUGCAAACAAACUAUUUUGGCAAAGGAGAUGUUACAACGUACAAUCGUGGAGCCUUCAAUCCCGCGCCAAACAAUCAGGGUCAAUUCAUUACUUACUCCAUUGAAUGGACUCAAAAUCAAAUUGUCUGGCAGGUUGGAGGGAAGACCGUUCGAGUUCUUACACCAGCAACGGCCGACGCCAACCAAUACCCUGAAUCGCCAAUGCAAGUUAAAUUUGGAUCAUGGGCUGGAGGAGACGCUUCAAAUCCACCUGGAACCAUUUCCUGGGCUCGUGGACCUACCGAUUAUUCCAAAGGUCCAUUUACCAUGACUGUUCAAUCCCUUGCGGUGACCGAUUAUUCAACUGGAACUCAAUACAAAUACGGCGACACUAGCGGAAAAUGGGGUUCAAUUCAAGCAAUAGGAGGGAAGAUAAAUGGUAACUCAGGUGGUGCAAGAACCGGAGUUUCUACCGCAGAAGUUCCAGCAAUCACAUCUGCCUCGCCCUUGAUUCCAGCCGGAUUGGGUGGAAAUCGAGAUACCUCACACCAGACUGGCUGGCCGUGGGUUGGAACUGCAACGUUGACAACCGAAACGCCUGUUCGAACAAGUGCCCCUGGUCUCCCUAGCGGCUGGAUCAUCACGUCUUCCGGAAAAGUAGUACCUGCAAAUUCUGCAGCAGUGAGUGCGUUAUUUUUAACCCCGCACCAAACUUCCCAUUUUGACAUUGUACUGACAUGAAACAGGAUCUUCCACCAUCAACUAUUUCUUCUUAUCCGGGAUUGCCAUCUUCGCAGCCUGGGGUUGAAAUCAUUACAGGAUGGGAUGAUCGUGGAUUUGCCACGACUAAAUAUGUGACGCCCGGAUGGUCGAAUGUACCUGUUAGCUACGAUCAGCAAGGGUUUCCGAUUACGCCGACUGGGGUCGUGACUGCAGCUGGAGGAGCGGCUACGCCGUCUCUUUGCGUUGCGUGGAAUUGCGGACCCGGGAAUAAAAUUGUGGGCACGAGUACUUCUACAGCAGCAGCGGCUAUAUGGACCUCUUCGCCUUCUUGGAACAGCUUUGCGAUUCUUGGGAUAGCGGCUGUGGUUGUGGAGAGGGUGUUGCUUUGAAGUUCCCAUUGGAAUUGGGUUGCUAUGUGCCCAUGGGGUUUUUAUUUUGCGUUGCUGGGUAUGGGGUAUAGGUAUUCUUGCUGGGAUUUGGGGCUGGCUUUUGAUUGGCAUAUGAUAAUGUAACUGGAGGAGAAUAUUAUACCUGGAAGAAGGAGAGAAAGAUAUUGCUGAUGGAUAAUGGAUGAUGGAUGAUUUGAUAUACACAUAGAUACAUAGUUUGCUGAGAUACCCGUAUAUACCUACCUAAUGAUUUGCUAUCAAACUUAUCAUCAUAC